AUGGGAGAAUCCAAGUUUGUCGCCUUGGCAUUUCUACUGGUUUGUUCAGUUCUCCAAAGGGUGUGGUCACAUGGAGAGCAGCAUCUUUCAAAAGUUGCCGUUCAUAAGGCAACAGUAUCACUGCUUGACCUUGCUUACAUCAAAGCUUCUCCAGCUAUUCUUGGACAACAAGGGCAAACUGCCGAGUGGGUAACCCUAGAGUACAGUUCUCCAAUUCCAUCAGUGGAUGAUUGGAUUGGAGUAUUCUCUCCUGCAAACUUUAGUUCUUCCACAUGUCCAAAAGAAAAUCGUAGACUCUAUCCACCACUACUGUGUUCUGCGCCCAUUAAGUAUCAAUAUGCAAAUUACUCAAGCCCCUUAUACAAAGUAAAUGGAAAAGGGUUUCUGAAGCUUCAGCUGAUCAAUCAGAGAUCAGAUUUCUCAUUUGCACUAUUUUCUGGUGGCUUGUCAAACCCAAAGCUAGUGGCAGUGUCAAAUAAAAUAGCUUUUGCUACUCCAAAUGCUCCAGUUUACCCUCGCCUGGCACUAGGAAAGUCAUGGAAUGAGAUGACUGUAACAUGGACAAGUGGAUAUGGGAUCAGUCAUGCCGAACCUUUGGUUCAAUGGAGUCCAAAAGGAGGGGAUCAUAUGCAUUCACCUGCUGAGACACUGACUUUCACUAGUGAAAGCAUGUGUGGUGCACCAGCAAGAACAGUGGGAUGGCGUGACCCUGGAUACAUACACACCAGUCAUCUAAAAGAACUGUGGCCCAACAGAAUAUAUGAGUACAAGGUAGGACACAAAUUAAACAAUGAUACAUAUAUCUGGAGCGGAAACUAUCAGUUCAGAGCACCUCCUUUUCCUGGACAGAAGUCCUUACAACGUGUAGUCAUAUUUGGAGAUAUGGGAAAGGAGGAAGUUGAUGGUUCCAAUGAAUACAACAAUUUCCAGUAUGGGUCAAUUAACACUACUCAGCAGCUUAUCCAGGACUUGAAAAACAUUGACCUUGUUUUCCAUAUUGGAGAUAUAUGUUAUGCAAAUGGUUACCUUUCUCAGUGGGAUCAAUUUACAGCACAGGUGGAGCCAAUUGCAUCAGCGGUGCCUUACAUGAUUGCAAGUGGGAACCAUGAGCGAGACUGGCCUGGAACAGGAUCCUUUUAUGAGAACAUGGAUUCUGGAGGAGAAUGUGGUGUGUUGGCACAGACUAUGUUCUACACCCCUGCUUCAAACAGGGCUAAGCUUUGGUAUGGUAAUAUGGCCUCCAUUUGA